UCGUACGUAUAGGAAGCCACACCGUCCACCGCGCCGGCGCAGCAACCAACGCUCGUGCUGCGUGCCAUUGUUGCCUGGAGAAGAUGGACAUCGCCGCCGUCGUCGCGACCUUCAUGGAGGUCACCUCCUGCUACUCCCAGGAGGCCGCCAAGCAGUUCCUCGCCACCAGCAAGUGGGACCUCGAGGAGGCCAUCGACCGGUACUUCGCCUUCUGCGGCGCAUCAGCCGCCACUCCCGCUCCUGCUCCGGUCCAGUCCGCCGCCGCCCCUCCCGCAGCGUCGGAGGACGGGGUGCGUGCUCCCAUCCCCGCCCACGCCGACACGUUGUACGGCGACAUGCCCAGCCGUGACAGGAGCCGCGAUGUCCGUCCCGCCCCAUCCGUUUGGGGGGAGGAGCAGCCGUCGGUGAAACCCUCGGUGGCGCCGGUGCAUAUACAGAUGCCAUCCUGGACGUCGUCGGUGCCCAUGCAGACCCCAUCUGGGGCCCCGGUGCAUACACAGAUGCCAUCCGCGACGCCCCCAGUGCGUGCGCCGGUGCCCGUACACGUUCCGUCUCAGCCCGUAAAUCAGCCGACCGGGUGGGGAUCCAACGGCAGAGGGGAUGAGGAGGAGGAGGCCAUCUUCGGAGAAGACCUAGAGGAAGACGAUGGCCUCGACGAAGAGUACAUCUACAGCGACGGAGAGGAUGACGUGGACGCGGACGACGAGUACGACGACUACCUGGACGACAUAGAGGAAACGCCACCUCCACCGCCGUCGCAGCCGGAGAAGAAAUCGCUGGCGGAGCUGUACCGCCGCCCGCACGAGCUCAUGUACCACGCAGACUUCCACAGCACCAUGGUGCACGCGGCGCGGCAGGACCGGUGGCUGCUGCUCAACCUGCAGUCCACCGGCGAGUUCACGUCGCAAGUGCACAACCGGGACCUAUGGGCCAACGAGCUUAUCGCGCAAGUCGUUAGCGAAAACUUCGUCUUCUCUCUGCUUGAGAGGUACGGCGCCGGCGAUGACGACGUCGAGGCCAGCAAAGUUUGCUGCUUUUACAAGCUCCAUGACCAGCUGCCUGCCGUGCUCGUCGUUGACCCCAUCACCGGGCAGAUGCUGGCCAAGUGGACCGGCGUCAUAGAACCCGACGCUUUCCUGUUGAACAUCGAAGAGUACAGCAAAUCGAAGCCGAGCAUGAGUUCCAAACCUUAUAUGUUCCAAACAAAGGCCUUGCCGGUAAGGUCUGCACCUGCAAACGAACCCGCCGGCGAGCAGCAGCAAGAACCGGCAACGGUUGACACUGCUGUGCCUAUGGACGAAGGCAGUGUUCAAGCAGAGUCUGACACUGCUGCUGUACCGGUGGACGAACACGGUGUUGAAGAAUCUGCGACUUCCGGCGCCGGCGGAUGCAGUACGCAACAACCACAACCAGCAGCAGAUGACCACGACGAUGACGAGCCGAUGGAGGGUGAGAAGAUCUACAAGAUGAGGAUACGUUUCCCCGAUGGCUCCGUGGUCACCAAGGAGUUCGGCUGCAAGCGGAGAGUUGCGGCGCUAUUCGCUUACUGCAGAUCGGUGCUCCAUGAGAAGCCGCAGGCGUUCAAGAUUAAGAGGUUGCUCUUCGGAGUUUUCUCUGAGUUGCCCGAAGGGGACAAGUCGUUUGAAGAUUUGGGGCUGAACUGCGCGACCGUUUCAGUAGUUUUGGAUACUUAAAAACGAAUUACCAUUAACAUAUAUGAAUUAAUUAGUCCUUGUAUCCCAUUCGC